AUGGCUGUGGCUACUGCUCCGUCGCUCAACCGCCAUUUCCUCCGCCGCCUCUCGGACCCUUUCUCUAGAGUCAAGAAACGACGGCCAUGGGACGCGACCCUUUUCACUUCUCGCCGGAAGUGGGAUUCCCACCUCCUUGUGUUCGCUUCCUCUUCUUCUCCAUCCUCACCUCCGUCUCCGACGGGUGCUCUCACGGCAGAGUCAUGCGUUAAUACUGGCCUCGAUCUCUUUAAGAGGGGACGGGUCAAAGAUGCUCUUGUCCAGUUUGAAAGAGCACUGAGUUUGGAUCCAAAUCCUAUUGAGUCACAAGCGGCUUACUAUAACAAAGCAUGUUGUCAUGCUUACCGGGGCGAAGGAAAAAAGGCAGCUGAUUGUUUGAGAAUCGCUUUGAGAGAUUACGAUCUCAAGUUUGCCACGAUUCUUAAUGAUCCUGAUUUAGCAUCCUUUCGCGCAUUACCUGAGUUUAAGGAGCUGCAAGAAGAGGCUAGGUUAGGCGGGGAAGAUAUCGGCGAUAGUUUCCGAAGAGAUCUGAAACUCAUCAGCGAAGUACGAGCACCGUUUCGUGGCUUUAGAAAGUUCUUUUACUUUGCAUUUGGAGCAGCGGCAGGUAUCUCAACGUUGUUCACCGUACCAAGGCUGAUUCAGGCGGUUAGAGGCGGCGAUGGUGCUCCGGAUCUUCUUGAAACUACAGGAAAUGCUGCUAUCAACAUUGGAGGUAUUGUUGUUCUGGUUUCGUUGUUCCUUUGGGAGAACAAGAAAGAGGAAGAACAAAUGGUUCAGAUAACUCGUGAUGAAACUCUUUCUCGGUUGCCUCUACGCCUCUCAACCAACCGUGUUGUUGAACUUGUGCAGCUAAGGGAUACAGUUCGACCUGUAAUUCUAGCUGGAAAGAAAGAGACUGUUACACUGGCUAUGCAGAAGGCGGAUAGGUUCAGAACAGAGCUCCUAAGACGAGGUGUUUUGUUAGUUCCUGUGGUGUGGGGUGAACGUAAAGCACCGGAAACUGAGAAGAAAAAGGGUUUUGGUUUUGGAGCUUCUUCAAAGACAGCUACAUCUCUUCCUUCUAUUGGGGAAGAUUUCGAUACACGGGCUCAAUCGGUAGUUGCUCAAUCGAAGCUGAAAGGUGAAAUCAGGUUCAAGGCCGAGACUGUUUCGCCUGGGGAAUGGGAAAGGUGGAUAAGAGAUCAACAGAUAGCUGAAGGAGUGGUUCCAGGUGAGGACGUGUACAUCAUACUGCGGUUAGAUGGUCGUGUCCGCAGAUCGGGUAGAGGGAUGCCGGAUUGGGCUGAGAUCUCAAAGGAGUUACCACGAAUGGACGACGUGCUCAGCAAGUUAGAAAGAUGA